ACACACACACACACACACACACACACACGCACGCUCUUCUUCCACAGGACAACCUCUGCUGGGCCUGAACUCCUCUCCAGACAUGGAUUAUAUGGGUGCUCAUAAUGCCUUUAAAUCGCGCUGGAAAGCGACAGACAUUGAUCUCUGUCGGCACAGCAUGUCUUUCGUUCUGCACAACUGCAUUAGGAAUGACUUCUUUGUGAGCUAUCUAUUCCUGCUGGAGAAGAUCCCUCUGGUUAAACUCUAUGCCUUGACCAGUGAAGUGAUCGAUGGGGAAAAGCAGUUCUACGUCCGAGCACAAAAUUUCUACCAAGACGUGCCUGCCACAGAGGAGGGGAUGAUGGGCGAUUUCCUUGAACUGUCAGAAGUUGACAUUGAAGGCUCCAGAGAAUUUUUAAAAAAGUUUGUUGGGGGUCCAGGGAAGGCUGGCACGACGUGCGCUCUAGACUGCGGCAGUGGGAUUGGCAGGGUCAGUAAGAACGUCCUCCUGCCCGUGUUUGAGACAGUGGAAAUGGCUGACAUGAUGGAAGACUUUCUCAUCCAUGCUCACGAGCAUUACCUAGGCGACGAUGCAGACCGCGUCGAGACCUAUUACUGCUACUCCCUGAAGGACCUGACCCCCCCUGUUAAGAAGUAUGAUGUCAUCUGGAUACAGUGGGUCGCAUGUCACCUCACUGACAAAGAUUUGUCCUUGUUUCUGACGAGAUGCAAAGCCAGCCUUAAACUGAACGGAGUUAUAAUUGUGAAGGAUAACAUGGCCAGAGAGGGCUGCAGGUUGGACCCAGAUGACAGCAGUUUGAUCAGACACAUUGACAUUGUCAAGAGCAUUAUCUGUAAAACUGAUCUGGAAAUCAUCUGCAUACAGAAGCAGGAAGGCAUACCCGAAUCAUUCGUUCCUGUAUGGAUGAUUGCCUUGAAGUAGACUACUUCGGAUUGCAGUGUUUGUUGUAGAAAGAAAGACCAAAGAUUGGUACGCGCCAUCUUAUUAACACACACAUUGCCCUUAGAGACAGAGGACCUCAAUUCUACAUGGUUGAAUAUUAUUAUUCUAUUCACUUCAUACUUCAACUGCAACAGAGGAAAAACUGUGGCUAUGAAAGGAACAAUACUGUGCCAUUCAUAAAUAACUAGAGUAGAGACAAAUUAAAGCCAUUCUCAGUGUACUCAAUAUCCUGCUAUAUUACUGUAAAUCUGUUGAUCAGCCACUUGUUUGGAGAUGAUUUGUAAAUCAAUCACGCACGGAGCUCAUGGAAUUAUAGGUGGCCACAGAAAUUGUCGCAUCUGGGAAAUGUUUUUAAGUCAGGCCACUCCCACCCUGAGACAAGAUUAUUUUAAUGUCAUUGCUGUCAUUCUUUUUAAGUAAAAGCUGGUGCACAACAACUGCACAUUCUUGAAAUACGAGCGGUAAUUAACUAUAAUAGCUUUGAACGUGAUGGCCAUUCAUUUUUCCUCUCAGCUGUAAAAAAAAACAAUCGGACAGAUUCUUUAAAGUUUUGAUUGAUCAAAUACAGUUUUGAAUGCAGGGAAACCUUUGUAAACCAUCUAGAACAGGGUUUCCCAAUCCUGGUCCUGGGGGACCUCUGUGUCUACUGGUUUUCAUUCCA